UGCGAUUUUUAACCCUCAUUCUGGGUUUGUCACUGGUCUCUCCGACAGGUCUCAGCAGAAGGACUGUGUCUCUGUCUGUCUCUGUAGUACUCAGGAGGGUCUGGCUCGGACACGCAUGCUGGAGAACAUGAGGCCCCUGCUGUUUGUCCUGGGCUUCCUGCUGCUACACCAGACCUGCUGCUAUGAAUUCAUCGUGGAAGAAUUAGACCCAGAGAAGUUAGGAUUUGAGGAUCAACAUGGAAGACAAAGGAGAGCAACACUGACCAGUGAGGAGGAGGAAGACUUUCAGGCCAUCAAGGGUGAUGACAUCACAGUUAAAAGCUACAAGGUUGAGAGCCGGAUCACGUCGCGCUUCGCCCACACCACGGUCAAAAGCUCCGUGGUCAAUUCCGGGCCCAACGCCCAGAGCAUCGGCUUCAACGUCCAAAUCCCCAAAAGAGCUUUCAUCACCAACUUCACCAUGAAUGUGAACGGGAUCACCUUUAUGGGCUCUGUGAAGGAGAAGGCUGUGGCACGCAACCUCUACGCCCAGGCCAGGGCCCGGGGGAAGGCCGCCGGCAUCGUCAGGACGGAUUCUCAGGACAUGGAGACGUUCAAGACCGAAGUACACGUCCCCUCUGGCAGCAAGAUCGAGUUUGAGCUGCACUACCAGGAAAUGAUGCACAGGAAGCUGGGGUUCUACGAGCACACUCUGCACCUGCACCCUGGACGACUGGUUCCUCAGUUUCAGGUUGAUGUGUAUAUAUUUGAGCCUAAAGGAAUCGCCAUGGUGGAGACACCCAGUACACUGGGAGAACACUUUGCAGGCAUAACCAAAGUCACUUCAUCAAAAGACAAGGUUCAUGUGGUGUUCAAGCCCACGCUGCAGCAACAGAGGAAGUGUGAGAACUGCACCAGCAGUGCCAUAGACGGCAUCUUCACGGUCAUGUAUGACGUGGUGAGAGACAGCAAUGCUGGAGAGCUCCAGGUCUCAGAUGGGCACUUUGUCCAUUUCUUUGCCCCCAAAAAUCUCUCCCCCCUCCCUAAAAACAUUGUGUUUGUCAUCGACGUCAGUGGGUCCAUGUGGGGUGUCAAGAUGAAGCAGACAGUGGAGGCCAUGCAGGCCAUACUGGAUGAUAUGACCAUUGAUGACCACUUUAGCAUCAUAGACUUCAACCAUAAUGUGAGAUGCUGGAGCGAGGAGCUUGUUCAAGGCAGCACCAUACAGGUGGACGAGGCUAAGAAGUACAUCAGGAACAUCAGACCCAACGGAGGCACCAACAUCAACGAGGCCUUGCUCAAGGCAAUCCAGAUGUUGGUGAAAGCGUCCAAUCAGGGCGUGAUGGACCCUCGUUCUGUAUCCAUGAUCAUCUUGGUGUCUGAUGGAGAUCCCACCGUGGGGGAGAUCAAGCUGAGCACCAUCCAGAAGAACGUGAAGCGCGUGAUGAAGGACGAGUUCUCCCUCUUCUCAUUGGGCAUCGGCUUCGACGUGGACUACGACUUCCUGGAACGGAUCGCCAUGGAGAACAAGGGGAUGGCUCAGAGGAUCUACGCCAGCCACGAUGCUUCUGAGCAGCUGAGGAGCUUCUACAGCCAGGUGUCCUCACCCCUCCUGAGGAAGAUCACCAUCCAGUUUCAGCAGGAAUCUGUCUCUGAAGUCACCCAGAACCACUUUGACAAGUUCUUCAGCGGCUCUGAGCUGGUGGUGGCAGGGAAGUUGCAGUCGUCCGAUUCCUCCACACUGAAGAGCACCACCACUGCCUCUGCUGCGCGUCUGGAUCUAUCCCUGGAGACAGAGGCAGACUGCCUGGAGCUAGACUCUAUUCUGGCCCAGCAGCAGCACUCCUUCACAGGCUUUGCCAGGCAGAUGUGGGCCUACAUCACCGUAAACCAGCUACUGGCCGAGAGGUCUCUGGCACCUACAGCAGUCAAGAAGAGGAAGAUCACCCAGAGGAUCCUGGCUCUGGCUGUGGAGCACCAGUUUGUCACCCCGCUCACUGCCCUACUGGUGGAGAGUGAUGAGGCCAAGGAGAGGCUGCUGGCAGAUUCCCCCAAGGACCCCAAACAGGGCUGCUGUUCCGUCACUCAUGGGGUGACCCCUGUGCAGCUAGUUCACAGCCUACCACCCUGGGUCCAGAUGAGCACAGUAGUACCCCCUAGCGCGUUGGAGAGACCCCUACCUGAACACAUCACCAUUGUGGAGAAUGAUCCUCACUUCAUCAUCCACCUGCCCAAAAACAACAUGGACGUCUGCUUCAACAUCGAUUCCCAGCCUGGACACAUCCUCAACCUGGUGUCUGACCCCGGGACAGGUGUCCUGAUAAACGCCCAGCUGGUUGGCUCCAAGAAGAUGGAUAAGAACAAACAGAAGACCUACUUUGGUACCAUCUCAGUGUUGGACAGUCUUGAGGGCAUUAGAGUCGAAGUUAGCACGGACCACAUCAUCCUGAUAGAUGGACAGAACAACCAAACCUUCACAUGGGGCGCUACUGCCAACAUCACACAUGACAGGGUGAAGAUUAGCGUUGUGAAAGACUCCCAGGUUACUGUGACCAUCAACGAGAGCAUCUCUGUCAUGAUGAUGCUUCAUCGUGUGUGGAAGAAACAUCCGAUUAAUGUGGACUUCCUUGGACUCUACCUCCCCAACGACAACCAGUACUCCUCCCUGGCCCAUGGUCUCAUAGGUCAGUUUGCCCAAGAGCCUGCAGUGAAAGUGUACAACCUCCACCAGGGAGCUGACCUACGGAAGAAGGAAGCCACCAUGGAGGUGAAGGGAAACAAGCUAGCUGUCACCAGGGGCUGGCAGAAAGACUACCGGCAGGAUAGGAAGUAUGGCUCAGAUGUCUUCUGCUGGUUCAUCCACAACAGUGGGAAAGGCUUCAUCGACGGCCAUUACACCAACUACAUUGUCCCAGAGCUCGACAGCUUCCCCAUCACUCUAAACAGCCAAUAAGAGAGCUCACAGAGGGUCAUGUGAUCCUGGAGUUGUUACUUGAGUUAUAACAUGCAACAAUGUACUACUUAUAUGUUCAUAGUACAAUUUAUUUUUUUGAUAUCAAGAGACAAUAUUGCGAAGUUUGACAAAUGUUCUGUCUAGAGAGAAAAUUGAAAACUAACCAGUGUUUCAAAUAAUAGCAAUAAGAGCAGUGUAUCCGCUUCCUACAGGGUAAAAGGUGUUUCCAGCUAAUAGUAUAAUGUAUCAACUGUAAAACUGAAGAAUAUAGUAAUGGUUGCCAUAAUUACAGAAAUUACAAAUCAUGCACAACAAUCCAAAUGUCCCUAAUUAUGGUAUCGACUAACUGAGAGGUUACUUGUGUUUAUUCAAGAAAAUUUAUACAUCAUAAUUAUAUAACACCUGAAAAUAAAAUAAAAUAAAAACCAGACUGAAUAUCA